AUGAGCAAUCCGGGUCGGUCACUUCUUCAACUGGAUUUCAUCGUUCACUUCUUCAACUCACAACGGAUUUCCAACUGAUUUCAGCGUUCUUGAACGAUUCCGGUUGUUCUCGGAGGAGCAAAAUGGAACUAUUUAAACGUGAUUUCCAACUGAUUUCAUCGUCCACUUCCGCCCCCCAUUCGCGUCCACCAAUAUGGAUGUUCAGUUCUACCCCAAGGCAAAGGGGAGAGUUACUACACGCAACUCUUUCCAGAAGCUCACUCUGAGUGAUGGGGCGGAGGCGGCCGCCGCCGGAAACGACAGAAGUUUCAGGAGAAGGAAGAGGUCAGCCAAGUUUUACCCCGGCCUUCAGAAGACGCGGGCAAUUGCUUAUCCCGAGGGCGGACAGGAAGAAACCGAGUCAGAAAAUUCAGAUUCAAGUCCCGAAGAUUCAAGUUCCCAAGUUUCAAGUUCGGGAGGACCCAUGCAGAAGAGUUGUCAGAAGAAGAAGACGCUCCAAGAUCAAAAUUCUUAACUUCAAUUUGUACACUCCUUCUUAUUUGGCUAGUUUUAGUUAUGGCAGUCUUUCUUUCACUCAACUAGAGCAGAAGAUGCUCCCAGGCCUUUUGCACUGCAUUCCUAUUCCUCCUAGGUCAGCUAGAUUUUAGGUCUUUAAUUGAUACUUUUUCAAAUUCCUUGUUUAUGCAUUAAUACUAAGCUGGUGAUCAUAUUAUUGUCCAGGCCGGAAGCAGUCAAGUUUCAGUCAUCCAGAAGUAUAUAGUCUGAUAACAUGAUCUAGUCUUUCUAUUUGAUUUGUAAUCAAUCAUACUGUCGUGUUAAUAUGCUAGUUACUUGAGUACGUUUUCGAUAAGGCAUUUGUUCAGACCAUGCUGUUGUGUAAAUUCUUUCAUAUAAUACUAAGCUGGUGAUCAUAUUGUUUUCCAUCUUACACUUUCAUUUAAAACUCAUUAUAAUUGCUAGCUCACAUUCCC